AUGAUUAAUCUCUUUAAUUCAAUGGAAGGCAAUGGUAUUGUAGCUGACUGCAAUGUUUUCAACAUAUUAAUUGAUGCAUAUGCUAAAUGUGGAAUGAUGCAUGAAGCUAUGCUCAUAUUUACCAAAAUGCGGGAACAAGGAGUGAGUCCGGAUGUAUGCACCUAUGCAACUGUAAUAGCUGCACUUUGCAGAAUGGGUAGGCUGUCUGAUGCAAUGGGCAAAUUAAAUGAGAUGAUUGCUACGGGAUUACAACCGGACGUGGCUAUUUAUACAUCCCUAAUUCAGGGCUUCUGUACACAUGGUGAUUUGGGGAAAGUGAAGGAGCUGGUUUCUGAAAUGAUGAACAAAGGUAUGCCUCGUCCAAACAUUGUGUUCUUCAGCUCAGUAAUAAACAGUCUAUGCAAAGAAGGAAGAGUUACAGAUGCACACAGUAUCUUCGACUUGGCUAUAAACAUUGGUGAGAGGCCUGACGUUAUUACAUUUACUUCACUGAUUGACCGAUAUUGUUUAGUUGGCAAGAUGGAUAAAGCAUUCAAAGUACUUGAUGCCAUGGUAUCAGCUGGCAUUGAGCCUGAUGUUUAUACAUAUACUACCCUUCUUGAUGGCUAUUCUAGAAAUGGAAGGAUUGAUGAUGGGUUGACACUAUUCAGCGAAAUGACGCAUAAAAAAAUUAAACCUACAACUGCUACAUAUGGCACCUUACUAAAUGGGUUGUUUCGUGCUGGGAGAACUGCUUCUGCGAAGAAAAUGAUCCAUGAGAUGAUUGAAAGUGGAACAACAGUGAGCCUUUCAAUAUACGCUAUAAUUCUUGAAGGACUUCGUAGAAAUAAUUGCACUGAUGAAGCAAUCACGCUGUUCCAGAAAGUACGUGCAAUGAAUAUAAAAUUGGAUGUUGCAAUACUCAAUACCAUGAUCAAUGCAAUGUUUAAGGUUCAAAGAAGAGAAGAAGCUAAUGAUUUGUUUGCUUCAAUAUCGGCCAGUGGAUUGGUACCUAAUGCUUCUACCUACCGCACAAUGAUAACAAAUCUUCUAAAAGAAGGAUUAGUGGAAGAAGCUGAAAACAUGCUCUCAUCAAUGGAGAAGAGCUGUUGUGCUCCGGACUCUCGUCUUAUUAAUGAUACCAUCAGAAUAUUAUUGGAACAAGGUGAGGUCGUCAAGGCUGGAAAUUAUAUGUCUAGAGUUGAUGGCAAGAGCAUCUCACUUGAAGCUUCAACUACUUCGCUGCUGAUACGUCUCUUUUCAAGGGAAGGAAAAUAUAGGGAGAAAAUAAAAUUGCUCCCUGUAAAGUAUCAAUUUUUUGGUGGAGCUACAGUUGAGUAGUGCAUUGUGUUUGGGCAUAACUCCUCAGAAGGCUCAGUUCAGUUAUUGUGUGCCAUCAGGCCCUCUUGUUGGGUUAAGGAAUUCCGAUUACUUGCUUGUAGAAAAUCGGAUGGGAUUUGCAUCAUUGUUAAUGGCCUGAUGCAUCUGAAAUGAAAUACGGAGUACUAGACAUAUGCCUGCACAAUUCCAUCCAAUGUCUGAAGUUUCCUCCAAGUAAUAUUGUUGUAAUCUCGUACUGCCAUAGAGUAUUUUUAUUUGGGUAACACCAUCACGAAGGGUUAUGAUGUACCAACCUCAAAUAUUAAUUGUAGGUAUCACUUCCAGAAUAGAUGAUGCACCCUGAUAAAAAGUCUUGUGUUCCUAGCUCAUGUAUUUUUGGUCUGUGGUUUUGGAGGAAUGGAGGUUCACAUUGAUGUUGCCUCUAUGCUCUAUGUGCAUGUUCUAUGC